CAAAAGCUAAACAUUACCUUGCAAUGACUUCAGGGGGUCUAGGUGCUUACAGUGAUUCACGUGGCCUUCCUGGAAUAAGGAAAGAAGUGGCAGAGUUUAUUGAGAGACGUGAUGGAUAUCCAAGUGAUCCAGAACUGAUAUUCCUGACAGAUGGUGCUAGCAAAGGAGUGAUGCAGAUCUUAAACACUAUUAUUCGUGGUGCAGGUGAUGGGAUUUUGGUUCCUGUCCCACAAUAUCCACUUUACUCUGCAACAAUAACUUUGUUUGGUGGUUCUCUUGUUCCAUAUUAUCUUGAGGAGACUGCAAAUUGGGGCCUCGACAUUGCUAACCUCCGCCAGUCAGUUGCUCAGGCUCGUUCUCAAGGAAUAACUGUACGAGCCAUGGUGAUUAUAAACCCUGGGAAUCCUACUGGACAGUGUCUUAGCGAAGCGAAUCUUAGAGAAGUAUUGAAAUUCUGUUACCAAAACAAUUUGGUAUUGCUUGGUGAUGAAGUUUAUCAGCAAAACAUUUACCAAGAUGAACGCCCCUUCAUAAGUGCAAGGAAAGUUCUGAUGGACAUGGGGCCGCCAAUAAGCAAGGAGUGCCAGCUAGUCUCUUUUCACACUGUCUCUAAAGGUUAUUGGGGAGAAUGUGGGCAGCGUGGCGGAUACUUUGAGAUGACAAAUAUUUCUCCAAAGACAGUUGAGGAGAUAUACAAAGUUGCUUCGAUAUCACUGAGUCCAAAUGUCCCUGCACAAAUAUUCAUGGGGCUUAUGGUUAACCCUCUGAAACCGGGAGAUAUAUCAUACGAGAGAUAUGUUAGAGAGAGUAAAGGAAUCCUCGAGUCUUUGAGAAGGAGAGCACAAAUAAUGACAGAUGGAUUCAACAGCUGUAGAAAUGUGGUCUGCAAUUUUACAGAAGGUGCCAUGUAUUCUUUCCCCCAAAUACGUUUACCACCAAAAGCGAUAGAGGCUGCAAAAAAAGCUGGAAAAGUAGCGGAUGUUUUUUACUGUCUCAAGCUUCUGGAAGCCACAGGCAUUUCCACAGUCCCAGGUUCCGGGUUCGGACAGAAGGAAGGGGUUUUCCACCUGAGAACCACAAUCUUGCCAGCCGAGGAAGACAUGCCUGCGAUUAUGGCGAGUUUCAAGAAAUUCAACGACGAGUUCAUGGAGCAAUAUGAAGACCACAGGGGCUAUUCAAGAAUGUAAGAAGUGGGAAAACAUCCAUUCUUACACUUUACUUCCAGAACUUGGAUUUACGUAACUUGUGGGAAGAAUUCAUCCUGUAAUACUUUAUCUGUCUCGUACUUGUUCAAAAGCGACUCUGCAGUUACCUUCUGCUUCAGAUAUGAAUAUAUCAACUUGUGCUCUGUA